AUGAUCCAUUCGAUCCUGUGCUUGGAUCCGAAAGGUGCCAGGUUCAUCAUGGCUUCGCCUGUGUGCAGCAGCUGGGUAUGGAUCAAUCGAGCAAUCAAUAAACGGAGUUUGACGUGCCCCCUUGGAGAUGUCAGCAACAUCAACAUCACCCAGGCCAACAAAAUGGUUUCAAGGACAAUGAUGUGUCUGAUGUUGGGGCUGUGGAUGGGCGGCAACUACAUCUUGAUAGUCCGGCUGCGUGGCCAAUGUUCGAUCAACACUUAUCUUGGAGCCUGGAAGCACUGGACUGCAAAGCUGACAUCUUUCUACUCCAACAAGUGUUGGGUCGGAGGCCUCUACCGUAAACUGACCCCACAUCGCCGAGAAGAAAUGAUGGAUCGCCGUGGUGAACUGAAUAUGGGGCCCACUCAUGUCCGAGAUGCAGACGGCAAGGUGACGGGAACUCCGUAUCUCCGGACAUCGCAGAGCCUCGAUCGGUUUGAGCUGUUCUAUGGCGAGCAUGGAAGUGUAGACCUCGGUGAUACCUGGGACGAUGCUGCUUGGUGCAACAUAUCUUGCAGUUAA